AUCUUUUAGGCAGAGUUUAGCCCCGCAGAACAGGGAGGGGGACUCCCCCAAAGAGGCACCGGCACCCAUUGGGUGGCGCGGUGGGGGGGCGGGGCCAGACCUUAAAGGGCCCAAGAACUAAAGAAGAACCAAGAACCAGACCCGUCUAUGGAGCCCAAACGAAACCAUCCGCUGUUCGGGGGAGCUUUCUCCAUCACCCUUCCCCCGGGGGCUCUGGACGUGAGUGAUUUCCGGCCGGUACCGGACAACCAGGAAGUUUUCUGCCACCGCGGGACGGAGCAGAGUCUCAUCGUGGAACUCCUGGAGCUGCAGGCGCACGUGCAAGGAGAAGCGGCCGCGCGGUACCACUUCGAGGCUCUGGGAGGGGUGCAAGUGUCGGGGGGCGAACAAAUAGAGGCUGUGCAGCCCCUCGCCCCCAACACUCUUUCCCUUGGGGGUUGCCGUGAUGCCUGGGUCCUCUGCGGUCGGCAGCGUAUGGCCAAGGAGAAUGAGGAGAAUGAAAAGGAUGUGGUCUUACACCUGGCCUUAUUCCGAUUGCCCCAGUACGGGACUGACCUCCUGCUGACCUUCAACGAGCCUAUCACUGGGAGUAGGCCAGCCCAGGGCAAUGAAGCUCAAUGUCUACCGCCCUGGACACUGGUUGACUUUGAGAGGCUAGUGACUUCCCUGACUCUCCUGGACCCCAGCAUCUUUGGCCCCCGGGAAAGAUCCUGAACUGCCCCUCUGCUGUUGGUGUCUGGAUGUCUGGAUUCCCCAACAGAAGCAUGGGAUUGAUGUUUGGGGUUCCCCCAUAUUCCUGCUCCACAUACAGACAUAAGGCACCACCUUUGCAGAAAUAAACUUGCUUUAUACCAA